AUGGCAGUGAUGGAGCCGUGUCCGGCGUAUCCCAACCAUUCUCGCACCGACCUCCAUUUCCUCAAACCCAAACCCAAUCUCAGAUUGCGGGUUUCCUCCACCACCACUAUCCGCUGCGAACUGGCCACCCUCCCCGUCCUCUCCUUCGACGGGACCCAGGUCGGCACCGCCGCCCUCAACCUCAAGUCUGCCCCCUCUGAUACCGCGCGCGCCGUCGUCCACCGCGGCAUCACCACCGACCUCACCAACAGCCGCCGCGGCACCGCCUCCACCCUCACCCGCGCCGAGGUCCGCGGCGGAGGUCGGAAACCCUACGGUCAGAAAAAGACAGGUAGUGCCCGGCGCGGGUCGCAGCGGACCCCUCUCCGCCCCGGAGGCGGCGUCAUCUUCGGGCCAAAGCCCAAGGACUGGUCCGUCAAGAUCAACAAGAAGGAGAAGAGGCUUGCCAUCUCCACUGCCAUCGCUAGUGCAUCUGAGAGCAUCAUUGUUGUCGAGGAUUUUGAGGACAAAUUCGAGAAGCCAAAGACCAAGGAGUUCAUAGCCAUGUUGAGAAGGCUGGGGCUAGACCCGAAGAAGAAAUCGAUGUUCCUGAUGACCGAGAUCUCGGAUAAUGUGAGGCUGUCGAGCAGGAAUAUCGGGACUCUGAAAAUGCUGACGCCUAGGACACUGAACUUGUUCGAUAUUUUGGACUCACAGACUUUGGUUCUCACUAAAGGGGCUGUCGAUUUCUUGAACGAGAGGUAUGGGGAUUUGGGCGAGGAUGAUGAAGAAGAGUACGAGCUGGAAGAAUGGGAAGAUGCUGAUGAAGGAUCGGAGGUAGAAGAGAAUCCUGAUACAACCGAUUGA